GGUGGGCGGAGCGCCGUCGCGGCCACAGUCUCGGUUUCGGUCUCGGUCUCUCCGCUCUCGUUGCUUCGUGCUCGGACGCGGGGCCAUGGCUGCGGAGAGCGCGAGCGUCGUUGCGGGGGUCCAGGGUUUCUUGCUGAAGCUGCACUCGUUCCUCCACGAUGGAGACGCGAGACUCGCCGCGCUGCGCUGUCACGACACUAUCGGGGACCUGGGCCAGGAGCUCAUGGUGCACAGCAACGCGCCUCAUCUCGUGAACUUCCAGGCGUCUGUAUUGCUGUCAAAGGAGGACGGCUUGCUGGGCUUUUUGAGAAAAUCCCUCAAUAACGAAGGACUUCGGGACACCAGAGUGGAGGUCCUCGUCCUGCUGGAAACGCUUGUCACGAGGCUCUCCUCGUCGUCCUCCUCUUCCAGCUCGUUGGACAACUACGCCGUUGACAUCAAGGACACAUGUCUUGUCGUCUAUACAAAGGACAAAGCAGCCAAAAGUCGAGUACAAGCAGUGGAGCUUCUUAUUAAGGUCCUGUAUACGGUAAAGGACUCAUGCGUAAUUCAAGACUUCAGAGUUUCGGAUUUAUUUAACAAGUUUUAUGGAGAGCUUGCUCAAAGAAGCAGGUUGCCUGACACAGUGCUGGGUGUCAUCUAUGAGCUGCUGGGGGUCCUUGCAGAGGUGUACCCUGGUGGAAUGGUCAAUAAUUCUGAUAAGCUCUUCAAAGCCUACAUGGGAGAGCUGAAAUCUCAGAUGACAUCUUCUACAAAGGAACCCAAGCUGCCGCUCGUUGCAGGAUGUCUUAAAGGACUUACUGCACUCAUGGUUAAUUUUACCAAGUCCAUGGAAGAAGAUCCACAAACCUCAAAGGAAAUAUUUAUUUAUGCUCUGAAGGCAAUUAGUCCUCAGAUUGAAAUGAAGCGAUAUGCUGUCCCCUUUGCUGGACUGAGGUUGUUUGCAAGGCACUCGGCACAGUUCAGCAGCUGCUUCAUGGAGCACUACAAGACAGUGUUUGAUAUAAUGUCCAAAUGGUGUGGACACAUAAACCCAGAGAUGAAGAAGACUAGCUACUAUGCCUUGGAGUCCUUCCUUAAACAGGUGGCCGCCCUCGUCACAGAGAAUGUAGAAUUGCACAAGAGCAAGCUGAGAUUCUUUAUGCAGAAGUUCUGCACCAUCAUUAAGACGAUGGACUCAUCCCAGAAGGAGCUCUCCAUCGCCAUCCGAGGUUACGGGCUAUUCGCUGCUCCAUGUAAAGUCGUGUGCCCCCAAGAUGUGGACUUCAUGUAUACUGAGCUGAUCCAGCGCUGCAAGCAGAUGUACCUCACCGAGUCAGACACGCAGGAUGACAACGUAUACCAGCUGCCCAGCUUCCUGGACUCCAUUGCCAGUGUGCUCUUCCACCUGGACCGGAUCCCCGAGGUGUACACUCCGGUCCUGGAGCACCUCCUAGUGCUGCAGAUCGACUGCUUCCCCCAGUACAGCCAGAGGAUGAUGCCCACCUGCUGUCGAUCUGUCGUCAAAGUACUGACAGCCCUGGCUGGGAAGGGUCCCAUCCUCUGGAAUUUCAUCAGUACUGUUCUGCAUCAAGGUGUCAUUCGGGUAUGUUCCAAACCUCUUGUGCUGAAUGAGGAAGACAUGAAAGGUCCCAAUGGUGGAGAAGCUGCGGAGGACGCCAAGGUUCGCACGGGGAAGUGGAAGGUGCCCUCCUAUCGUGACUACCUGCCACUGUUCAAGGCACUGCUGGACUGCGAACACAUGAAGGACUCCGGAAUUCUGCAUGUGAAUUUCGAAGCUGAGCACAUUGCACUGAAGUCCCUUAAUCGGCUGCUGUAUGAUGAACUCAUUAAAUCAAUUCUGAAGAUUGUGAAGAAGCUCGACUUGUCCGUUCAGAAGAUCAAUGACAAAGAGGAGCAGCUCAAGAGUGUGGAGAGCAUUGAUGUUCCCUCCUCUGACCCCACAGCACACCUCCUACCCAGCAAACCCAACGACUUUAUUGCCUUUGUCAACCUAGUGGAAUUCAGCAGUGAGCUGCUUUUGCAGAGCAACGCUGCCUACUUUGAGCCAUGGGUUUACUCUCUGGGCCAGGAGCUCAUACUCCGCUCCUCGCGAUGCCCGCUUGUUAGCGGCUUCUACAAGCUGCUCUCCGUUACCAUGAAGAUCGCCAAGAAGUUCAAAUACUUUCAGUGUGAAGGCUCAAAAACCGUUCCAUCCAGCCCUCACAAAGUGGAGAAAUCUUCCUGCUUUACACUGUUUGCCAAAUUUGGAAAGGAGGUAUCUGUUCGAAUGAAGCAAUUCAAAGAUGAACUCCUGGCAUCAUGCUUGACCUUUGUUCUCUGCCUGGACCAUAACAUUGUUGCUCUGGAUGUGAAAGCGUACAUCCCAGCCCUUCAGGCGGCCUUUAAACUGGGCCUGAGUCAUCCGCCCCUGGCUGGCGCUGCCCUGGAUGCCCUAGAGGAGUGGUCAUCCUUCAUCCCCCAGCAUGUCCUGCAGCCAUACUACAGGGAGGUGCUGCCUUGUUUGGAUGCGUAUCUCCAAACGGCUGGUUCCAAUGAGGAGGGUCAGAAUGCCUGGGAAGUGAGGUGUCUUUCUUCUAGACUCCAGAAGGGAAAGGGAUAUGGCAAAGUGCUGAUGAGACUGCUGAGGAAAUCCAAGCAUCUGUCCCUGGGAGAGGACUCUCCAAGUAUUGCAGUGAAAUAUCGUGUGGUGAGACUUCUGGGACGACUUGGUGGACAGCUGAACAGAAGUAUGGUCACAGCCAUGUCCAGUGAAGAAGUCAUGAAAAAGUUUGUGGCCUGGGACUCUGAAAAGAGGCUCAACUUUGCUGUUCCCUUUUCUGACAUGAAGCCUGUUGUCUACCUGGAUACAUUUUUACCACGAAUCACGGAGUUGGCCAUAUCCUCGGCCGACAGGCAGACCAAGGUGGUGGCAUGUGAGCUCCUCCACAGCAUAGUCGUUUACAUGUUGGGGAAGAGCUCCCAGAUUCCUGAUGGCAACAAGAGCAGUCCGCCCAUGUACCACCUCCACAAGCGAAUCUUUCCUGUGCUGCUGCGUCUGGCAUGUGACGUGGACCAGGUGACAAGGCAGCUGUUUGAGCCAUUGAUCAUGCAGCUCAUUCACUGGUUCACCAGCAACAAGAAAUUUGAGAGUCAGGACACAGUUGCUGUUGUAGAGGCCAUUCUGGACGGGCUGGUGGACCCCAUCGACAGCACUCUUCGUGACUUCUCUGGGAGGUGCAUCCAUGAGUUCUUCAAGUGGUCCCUUAAACAAAGCACGUCCAAGCAACAGGAGAAAAGUAAUGUUAACAUCAAGUCCAUCUUCAAACGUAUCUACAGCCUGGCCCUGCAUCCCAGUGUCUUCAAGAGGUUGGGUGCGGCCUUGGCCUUCAACAGCUUCUACAGGCAGUUUCGGGAAGAGAAGUCACUCGUGGAGCAGUAUGUGUUUGAAGUGCUGGUCAUAUUUGUAGAAAGCUUGUCUCUGGCUCAUUUGGAUGAAAAGGCUUUAGGAACUUUGCAGCAAUGUGGUGAUGCCAUUGACCACUUGAAGAAGAUCAUCAAACACAUGGCGGCAACCCUCAGUCAGCCCCUCAGAAGACGCAUUCCAAGGGGUUUCUCUCCAGAGCAACACCUGUCCCUGUUGGACGUUGUCAUGUGGCUACUGAUCCAAUGUGGACGCCCUCAGACUGAAUGCAGACACAAAUGCAUGGAGUUGUUUUAUGAAUUUGUGCCCUUAUUACCAGGUAACCGAAACCCAGCUCUUUGGCUUGCGGAUCUGCUCUUGGAGAAGGGUGUCGGCUUCCUGAUCAGCUGCUUCGAGGGCGGCGGCCAUGCCAAGGGCUCCUCGGGACUCCUCUCUUGCAGCACCCUCCAUGUGCGAGGGCCCUUCAGCCUGCGGGCCACCCUGCAGUGGAUGGACAUGCUGCUCGCUGCUCUGGACUGCUAUAGUACCUUCAUCGGGCUGCACUUUCUUAAGCCUCAUAUGAUUCUGGACUCCAAAGAAAGGUCAGUCUUCCUGAAAGCUCUUCAGUUCUUCAUAACAGAACUGGCCUCGUUGGACAUUGCUGCCGUGGAGCGCAAUUUGCUUCGUGGGCAGAUCAUUUCCACAUUCAGUCCCAAAGAAAGGGAAGAUUACAACUAUCUCAAGGGCACCAUCGUGGUGCGUCUCAUCGAGUUUGUCACCAUUGUGCUGGAGAAGUGCCAUCAGGACUUGUGGAAGCUCCUUGAAAAGGACAUCUUCAGUGACUCUUUCAUUGACCUUGUGACCAUGGUGGUUUGUGAGCCGGUGACCAUUGGGUUCAACGUGGCCGACGUGGAGGUGAUGACCAACCUGCCAGACGUUUGUGUCCGGCUCAUGAAGGCCCUGGUGAUGUCGCCAUACAAACACCGCUUUGAAUGCAGCAUCAGGAAGAAGAUUUCUCCCCAAAGUGUCGAGCGGCUAUGUGCUGUUGACCUCUUUGACCCAGAGGUGAGCGGAAGUCAUACUGAACUGGACCAGCUGCUCUCUGCCUGUAAGCAGUUGUGUAAAGCAGGACUCCUUGUUUCUACUUUCAACAGCCAGGCUGACUUGGACACAUCCCUGGGACGCAAGCUUCUCUUGGCUGUCUAUAAGGGUGUUGCCCCUAGAGAAGGCAGUGUGUGCCUGCCCUCCAUGGACAUGCGCAGUCUCAAGCUGGCAGAUGGACUCCUCCAGCUGGCCUUGUCUACAGGAGGACAGACUGAGCUAAUGAUGGAGCUAUUGCUAAAGAACAUGAAGAUGCCCGAGCUGCAACUGGGCACCUCGAACCAGAGCUGUACUACCUUCUCACAUGGGGAGUUGUUCUACACUCUCUUUGAGACAACCAUCAGCUCCGAACUGCUCAAAAAUGCAGAUUCCACAGUGCCCGUCCUCAUGGCGUGCGCCAUCAGUAAUACCAGCAUGGUGAGCUCCUUGCUCAACGCGAUGCUGGAUCACUGUUUCCGUGAGCGAAUUCUGCGCAAGAGCCAGGGCAGCAAGUUGGUGGAGAAGCUUCUGGGGCAUUGGAGCUCCCUGAAUCCGUGGUGGGCCCAAGACACGGCUUGCACGGAGAGCAAGAUGGCGACGCUGACCCUGCUGUCCAAAGUGCUUCAGAUUGAUGCUUCGGUCUGUUUCCACACUGGACACAAAGCAUUUGAGGAGGUAUUCAGCACUUACACGUCCAUUCUUAUGGACACUGUGCUGCCACUCAGUGUCAAGAGUCACGCUCUGACAAUGCUGCCGUUCUUCACCACCCUUGCGGAGGCACCGCUAGCAAAGCUACAGGGUGCCUUGGAGCUGCUGGUUGCGUCCCAUUUCCCCAUGCAGUCGCAUGAGUUCACCAAGGGCUCCCUGGACUGCAACAACUACCUUGAUUGUGUUAAGAAGUUUUUGGACGCCCUGGAGCUUUCCCAGAGUCCGAUGCUGCUAGUCCUGAUGGCUGAAGUUCUUUGCCGUGACCAGAAGCACAUCAUGGAGGAACAGUUUCAGAUGUGUUUCAAAAGGAUUGCCAGCAGACCACAUUGCGAUAGGCAGGUGCAGCUGCUCACUUCCGUGUUCCAGGGGCUUCAGGUGGGGGAGCAGCGUUUCUCUGCCGUAAACCAGGCCACUCUGGAGCGCGUUCUACUGCCGCUCCUGCUGCACUGCAGCCCCGACGCCCUGCGGUGCUUCUUUGCAGCCACCGUCACUGACAUCGUGGCCGCCUUGCAAAGUCGCUUCACCAAGUCCAACGAGACACUGUUCGAGAGCCAGGUGAUGAAGAAGGACGGCUGUUACAAGGUGAUGGAGGUCCUCUACUCGCGCCUCCCCAAAGAUGAGGUUUAUUCCAAGGCGUCGAAAAUCAACGAGGCCUUCAGUGGAGGUCGUUCCGAGGGCAACGAGUUAUCAAAGACCAUGCUCAAGUGCUGCUUUGAGGCCUUCACAGAAAACAUGGUGGGUGAGACGCAGCUCCUGGAGAAAAGGAGGAGGCUCCACUGUGCUGCAUACAACUGCGCCAUCGCUGUUGUCGCUUGCUGCUUCAACGAGACCAAGUUCUACCAGGGCUUCCUGUUCACGGAGAAGCCCGACAAGAAUCAGUUAAUUUUUGAGAACAUUGUUGACACUCAGCGAACAUACAGAUUUCCAGUGGAAGUUGAGGUUCCUCUAGAAAAGAAGAAGAAAUAUGUAACCAUCCGGAAGGAAAUGACAGGCGAACAUGGAGAAGGACCUCAGUACCUGUCCUCACAGUCCUGCAUGGACAGCAGUCUCAGUGAGGAAAUGAGCCAAUUCGACUUCUCGACUGGCGUCCAGAGUUUCUCCAGCAGCUUCCGAGCUGCAGUGAACCACACAUCAGCCAACAGGAGCCUGGAGCAGGCAAAGAUGGUCUCCCAUGAUGAAACGGUGGAACUGGAGAUGGAUGAGCUGAACCAACAUGAAUGUAUGACAAGCAUGACAAUGCUGCUGAAGCACAUGCAGAGGAAUAACAUCACACCCAAAGUGGAGCAGGGCUCUUUUCCUAGUGAUCUGCCUCCUUGGAUGAAGUUUCUGCACAGCAAGCUUUCAAAUCCAUCGACACAGCUCAACAUCCGGCUCUUCAUUGCAAAGCUCAUCAUUAAUGCAGAAGAGGUGUUUCGGCCAUAUGCCAAAUUCUGGCUGGGCCCCCUCUUACAGCUCAUUGUGUGUGGAAACAAUGGCGGAGAGGGGAUCCACUACAUGGUCGUGGACGUCGUCGUUACAGUUCUCUCGUGGACAGGCCUGGCCGCACCCAAGGGGAACACCAAGGAUGAAGUUUUGGCCAAUCGACUUCUUGAGUUCCUCAUGAAGAACUGUUUUCAUCAAAGACGAGCAGUUUUCAGACACAAUCUGGAGAUCAUCAAGACCGUGGUGGAGUGCUGGAAAGACUGUUUGGUGGUUCCCUACAGUCUGAUGUAUGAGCAAUUUGCGGGAACAGACCUCAACAGCAAAGACAACUCAGUGGGGCUGCAGUUGCUUGGCAUCAUCUUGGCUAAUAACCUCCCUCCUUAUGAUGCCAUGUGUGAGAUAGAGCAGGAGAGGUACAUAAGGUCCUUAGUCAACAACCUUUCUUUCAUAAGAUUCAAGGAGAUCUACUCUACAGCUGCAGAGAUCAUUGGCUGCAUGAUGCAGUAUGCAGCUGAAAAGAAUAAAGAGUUCAUUGGGCCCUUGGUUGAUCUUACUGCUAGUAAGCUAAUGGAUCUCAAGAAGAAUGACAAGGAUGACCGAUUUAUAUCUUGCUUGAGUAAAAUCUGCAGACACUACCCUCUUUUCAUGGAUCGGUUUGUGCACCACGUGUUCUUCCUGUUGCCAAAGAUGCAUGGAGUGUUAAAGAUCCACUGUCUGGAGUGUGUAUUUAGCCGGGCCACCGAGAUCCCACACGUUUACCUGGAGCUAAAAAGAAAGGACUUCCUCCAAAUGAUGGGACACAGGGAUGAGGCAAGACAAAGAGUCUGUUUGGACAUUGUCCACAAGAUCCUGUCAGUCCUGAAACCAGAAGAGCUGCGUGAGAUGUUGGGUUCAAUAACUUCCUUCAUCACACAUCCAUCCCCUGUGUGCAGAGAGAGAAUGUAUGACAUUCUCAUGUGGAUCUAUGACAACUACAGUGACAAAGAGAGCCAGUUGGACUGCACCUCCCUAGAAGUGUUCAACGCAUCGAAGGAAACUCUUGUACAGGGCCUUGUGGAUGAAAGCCCAGGUCUCCAGCUGUAUGUGAGGAACUUUUGGAGCCGCGAAAGCUGUCUGCCAACGGCAACUGCGGACCGUUUGCUCAUGGUGUUACGCUCCCUGUACUCCAGUAAAAUCGAAGAGCACUUCCUCAGCUUGGCUACCGGCCUGCUUCUGGAGAUGACCAGUCGCAGUCCUGAUUACACUCGUCCAAUGUUCGAGUAUCCGCUUUCUGAAUGCAAGUUCCAGGACUAUGUCAUUGACUCCAACUGGCGCCACCGCAGCGCAGUCCUCACACCCAUGUUUGUGGAGACGCAGACCAGUCAAGGAAGUGCAAGCUUCCAGUCUCAGAGUGGACCUGCGUCCUCUGGUGGGCCUGCGGCCGGUCCUCUGAGAACGACACAAAGCUCGCUGGAGUUCACUCCGACGCAGACUGCAGUUUCAGGCAAGCGCUCGUCCUACAACUGGCUCACGGGCAGAAGCGUCGACACCCUGAGCGAGUACCCAGUGCAGUCCUUCUCCUCGGAGUCGUCGUCCUCUCUCGUGGCCUUCGGAAGGACUAACGGGCAGCAGUUGACGAGAAAGUCUGUGGGUGCCGAAUUCGGCACGAAGCAGCUUGUCGCUGGUGACAUUGGCAGGGAGAGCAAGGCGAGAGUCGCAAGUGAGCAGCAGGCAGACAUCUUGAGGCUGAGGAGGAGGUUCCUGAAAGACCAGGAGAAAGUUAGCCUUCAUUUUGCUAAGAAAGGGAUCCAGGAGCAAAGACAAGAGAAGGAACAAAUAGCGGAUUGGAGGCUCCAGAAAGAAGCCAAGGUGACCCUGUAUCGCAGCUACCGCCUGGGAGAGUUACCCGAUAUCCAGAUUGAACACAGAAGCAUCAUUGCCCCCCUGCAGGCCCUUGCUCAGAGAGACCCAACCUUUGCCAAGCAGCUCUUCAGUUCCCUGUUUGCUGGGAUAAUGUUGGAAAUUGAGAGCUCUAAAUCGGCUGCAGAGAGAAAGAGUACCAAUGAAGAGCUGCUGCAGGACAUGAAUAACUUACUGAGCAAGAGUGUUGUUUACUUCCCCCCCUUUGUGGCCUGUGUUCAGGACAUGAGCUACCACCACAGGGAGCUGCUGCCCAUCUCCCCCGAAAUCGUGAGCUCCAGCUGUCUGGCCAGUUUGCAGCAGCCCAUCGGCAUCCUGUUGCUGGAGGAGAAUCUGGUGCAGCAGAGGGGACUUCUGGAGGCGCCGGCCGCCAAACGUUCCCGCAGGGAGCAGCCGCCUGAUACGACGCGCUGGAUCCACCUGGCCAAACUGUACAGGUCCCUGGGGGACUAUGAUGCUGUACGGGGCAUCUUCAGUGGAAAGAUUGGGACUAAACCCAUCACCCGUUUGGCUCUUCAAGCGGAAGCGAAGAGUGACUUUGGCGAAGCUGUGAAGCUCUACAACGAGGCCUUAAACACAGAGGAGUGGAUGGAUGGCGAGCCCAGUGACACAGAGAAGGACUUCUGGGACCUCGCUGCAUUGGAAGCUUAUAGCCACCUGACCGAGUGGAGGUCGCUGUGCUACUGUGCCACGGUCAACAUCGACAGCAACUCACCUGUGAACCUGGACAACGUGUGGACCGACUCCUUUUACCAGGAGGUGUACCUGCCCUACCUGAUGCGCUCCAUGUUGAAGCUGCUGCAGCAAGGUGAGCGUGACCAGGCCCUCUUGAGCUUUGUUGACAGUGCGAUGAAAACUGAAGAGCGGAAGAACGUGAUGGAAACACACUACAGUCAGGAGCUCAGCCUGCUGUACAUCCUACAGGAGGACUACGACAGAGCCAAGUACUACAUCAAUAAUGCCCUGCAGGUCUUCAUCCAGAGCUACUCAACUAUUGAUGUGCUGCUCAACCAAAGCCGCCUGGCGAAGUUGCAGUCGGUUCAGCCUCUGACAGAGGUUCACGACUUCCUUCAUUUCAUCUCAGGAAGUGUGUCGCCACAUUCUCUGAAGAGUCUCCUAACAGUCUGGACCAGUCGAUAUCCUGACGCCAAAAUGGACCCAAUGAACGUGUGGGACGACAUCAUUACAACUCGGUGUUUCUUUCUGGACAAGAUUGCAGAGAGACUGACAAGCUCAACCCCCGUAGACAUGGAAGUGGCUGAGAAUGAUGGUAUAAUGCAAGAAGUCAACUCUCAGAAGCCAGAGAACUUGAAUGUGAUGAUUAAGGACUGCAAGUUCAGUAUGAAGUUGAGGAUGGCUGACAGUGCCAGAAAGCAGAAUAACUUUGCGCUGGCCACCAAGCUGCUGAAGGAGCUGCACAAAGAGGCGAAGACGGAGAGCAGCUGGCUGCAGCGCUGGAUCUACAGCUUCAGCCAUUUCAACCACAAGCGCAGCCAACACCUAAGUCCCGUGGAGCAGAUGACUGCGAUGCUCAAGGUGGCGCCACUUCUCGAAGAGAUUGAGGUGGACAAUGCAACGUGCCAGGUUUACCUGGAGCAGAGGAUUUUAUUGGGCACCACGUUCUGCAUCAUGGCCUCAGCAGUAAGCAAGGACGUAACCGUACUGGAAAAGCUUGGAAAUGAUAAAGUGGAGAGACUGCUGAAGAUGUCUGGAUCAUCAUCUGUUUGCACUCAACAGAUGGUGGUCGGUCUGCGGUGCCGUGCAUUGGAGCUCCUGCGCAGCGCAGUUAGAACGGUGGACGAGAAAAUGGAGUCCCUCUCCAGUUCUCACAUGGACACCCCUGAGGCCAUCAAAGCCUACAUGGCCCUCGCAAACUUCUGUGACCAACGACUCCGUGAGGAGGAGAAGAGCCCAGAUGUUUCUGAGUUUCCUGAACUUCCAACUUUCCCUGCUCUUGUGGUGGAGAUGCUCAUAAAAGCCCUGAAGCUGAACUCCAAAGAGGCUCGAAUGAAGUUCCCACGGCUUUUACAGAUCUUCGAACUGUUACCCCCAGAGACCUUGAGUCUCAUGGCCAAAGAGGUAUCAUCUGUACCGUGCUGGCAGCUUAUUUCUUGGAUCAGCCAGAUGAUGGCACUCUUGGACAAACCAGAGGCAGUGGCUGUGCAGCAGGUUAUCGCAGACAUAGCGGAAGCGUACCCACAGGCCCUUGUGUACCCUUUCAUGAUCAGCUACGAAAGCUACAUGUUUGACAACUCUUCGACUGGGCAUAGGAACAAGCAGUUUGUCGCCAGGUUGAAGUCCCAGCUUGAUGAGAAUGGAGUUGUGAAGGACUUUGUAGAUGCUUUGCAGCAGCUGACAAACCCAGACAUGGUUUUCAGGGACUGGUGGGACAGUGUGAAGAAUGAACUGGAGAAACAAAGUCCAGACAGGACGAUGAUAAAACGGAUGUUUGAUGACAUGUUUUCUGCAUUGGGGGAUCACAGAGCCGUGGGCGUUGGCUCCUUCCGCAAGAAGUUCAUACAGAGAUUUGCGAAAGAAAUCGAGAAAUUGUUCGGUUCAGAUGGGUCCCGCCUCUUUGCGAAGAAGGGGGGCGAGGAUUUCUUUACGCUGGUUAAUGGCUUGGUGACCAAAAUGCGACAUUUCCAAAGCGACCUGAAGGAGCCGGGGAACCUAAAGGAGUAUUCCCUGUGGAUGAGCAACUUCCGCGUGGAGAUGCUGCGCAGUGAACUAGAGAUCCCAGGACAAUAUGAUGGCAACUCCAAACCCCUGCCGGAGUAUCAUGCGAAGAUCAGUGGUUUUGACGAACGGGUGAAGGUCAUGACCUCCAUUCGGAAGCCUAAGCGACUCAUCAUCCGGGGAGACGAUGAGCGCGAGUAUCCGUUCCUGGUAAAGGGUGGUGAAGACUUGCGGCAGGACCAGCGCAUCGAGCAGCUUUUUAGCAUCAUGAACACCAUCCUUUGGAGUGACGCCACCUGCUCUCAGAAGAACAUGACGCUGUGCGUCUAUAAAGUCGUCCCCAUGACAACACGCGUUGGUCUCAUUGAGUGGAUGGAAAAUACCUGCACCUUGAAGGAUUUCCUUCGCAGCAGGAUGUCUGAGGAAGAGCGCAACGAUGCAGAGAGACCCCUGAAGGCCUUUGAGACUUGGCUGGGAAAAGUGGCUGGGAAGACUGCAGGGGUCCCGCGCUAUGCAGAACUUUACAAGAAAGCCAAACGAGAUGAGACUGUAGCCAAUUUCAAGAAAAUAGAGAAUCUUGUACCAGAGGAUCUUCUAAGGAGAGCUUUCAUCAAGAUGAGCACAUCACCAGAGGCCUUCCUCUUCUUGAGGUCCCACUUCACGGCAUCACAUGCCCUCAUGUGCAUUAGUCAUUGGCUCUUAGGCAUCGGAGACCGCCAUUUGUCCAACUUCUUGAUCAACAUGGAGACGGGAGGAAUGAUUGGAAUUGACUUUGGUCAUGCCUUCGGAACUGCCACACAGUUUCUCCCAGUGCCAGAGAUGAUGCCAUUCCGCCUUACCAGGCAGUUCCUCAGCUUGAUGCAGCCCAUGCGAGAGUCUGGCCUCAUCCAAAGCACCAUGGUCCACUGUCUCAGGGCCUACCGGGCCAGUCCUGACCUGCUACUUAAUACAAUGGACAUCUUUGUGAAGGAGCCCUCUUUGGACUGGAAGAACUUUGGGCUGAAACAGCUGAAAAAAGGGGGCACAUGGACACAGAGCGUGAACACCAAAGACGUGAACUGGUACCCUGUGCAAAAGGUGAACUUUGCCCGCAGGAAGCUGGAGGGUGUAAACCCCGCUGUCAUAACAUGUGAAGAACUACAGCUGGGCUUUGAGAAGGAUCUGGCUUGCAAAGGUAUGUUGGCAGUGGCACGAGGAGAGGUGGAGCACAACGUUCGAGCCCGCGAAGCAGAUGAUGGGCUGUCUGUGGAAACCCAGGUUGACUGCCUGCUGGACCAGGCCACAGACCCAAACAUACUGGGAAGGGUUUGGAUAGGCUGGGAAGCCUGGAUAUGAUUUUAUGUUUACAACUUUUGUCUCCUGGUUACUUUCUCUAAUGUAAUUUACACCAAAAUUGUGUAAACAUUUCAGUGGCCAAUUUUCCUAGCAGUGGCCUGUGUUAUUGGAAAAUUGCUGGACAAAAUGCUUUUACUUAC